ACGCGGAAGCGCGCGUGCGCCGGCGCGCCCGGUGCCCCGGCUUCUCCCUGGGGUUUGACCUACCAGCCGCCGCCGCCGAGAGGAAAGAUGGCCGCCCCGGGGGUGUCCCUGCUCUCUCGGCAGGUGAGAUGCUUCAACACGUCAGUGGCCAGGCCCUUCAGCAAGAUUGUGAGGCCCCCUGUUCAGAUAUAUGGCAUUGAAGGGCGCUACGCCACCGCUCUUUAUUCUGCUGCAUCUAAACAGAAGAAGCUGGAACAAGUGGAGAAGGAGUUACUAAGAGUAUCGCAACUCCUGAAGGACCCCAAAGUGUCUGCUUCUAUUCUGAAUCCAUAUGUUAAGCGUUCAGUUAAAGCAAAAAGCCUGAGUGACAUCACAGCAAAAGAGAGGUUUUCCCCUCUCACAGCCAACCUGAUGAAUUUACUUGCUGAGAAUGGCCGCCUCACCAACACCCAGGGCAUCGUCUCUGCCUUCUCCACCAUGAUGAGCGUGCACCGUGGAGAGGUGCCGUGCAUUGUGACCACGGCCGCUCCUUUAGACAGCACUGUUCUCGCUGAACUAACGACCGUCCUGAAGAGCUUCCUAAGCCAAGGCCAGGUGCUGAAACUGGAUGUGAAGACUGACCCAGCCAUCAUGGGUGGAAUGAUUGUCCGCAUCGGGGAGAAGUAUGUCGAUAUGUCUGCCAGAACCAAGAUUCAGAAGCUGUGCAAAGCUAUGCGGGAGCUGUGAACUGAACACUCCCACCAGCGGGAAUUCUUGAGCUUGAACUGCAAUAAAAUGCUUCCUACACAGA